AUGUUGCAUGAUUCGAGUGAUGAAGACGAGGGUGGCGGAAUUCAUGUUGGGCAACAACAACUGAUAUCUUCAAAUCGUCCAGCAAUUCCAAUAAAUCGGCCAACAAUAAAUCACGAAAGUAUUCAUGGUAAAACUGUUUCACCAUUAUUGUCUCCAAAAAGUGAACAUUCAUCAUCGAAUCAUUAUUGUUCUCCUCCUCAAAGUAGUCUAUAUGCAUCACCGACAUCAACACAUCGUACAUUACCGAAAAUUCCAACAAAUUCCAAUACGAAUUCUUCAUCAUUAUCAUUACGUUCAUCAACAAAUACAAAUGUUUUUUGUGACACUCAUCAACAAUUAAUGGUUAUUCAAACAGAUUCAACUAGUAUGAAAAGUGAUGAUUCAUCAAAUUUUUCUGAUGGAAAUUUACAUCCAUUUCAAAAACAAAACUCAAUACGUACUCAAGAUAUUAAAAUACGUUCUCAACAACAUAAUUCAUCAAUUAACAAUACGAAUAAAUCCUUAAUAAAUUCAUCAACUGUUUCAACUACAUCCAAUGCAGUUAUACCAACAAUAGAUCGUGUACCAUCACCAUCAACAUCAUUAAUAAGUGAUCAUGAACGGGAGGAAAAUGAACGUCUUGAACGUGAAUUGGAAUUGAAACGUAAACGUCUACAAAUUUAUGUGUUUAUUUGCCGUUGUGUUGCAUGUCCGUUUAAUUCGAAACAAUCGUCAGAUAUGGCAAGAAAACAUUUAAAAAUAACUCUUGCUCAAUACAACGUUAUCAAAGAAAGGUUUCUGGCAUUUCUAAAUGGCAAAACUCACAUCGAAGCUGAUGAAGCUUUUACGAAUGCUGUUCGUUCGUAUUAUGAAGUAUUUCUUAAAAGUGAACGUGUUGCUAAAAUAGUUCAAUCGGGCGGUUCUUGUUCAGAUGAUUUCCGUGAUGUUUUUCGUAUCAAUAUUGAAAAACGCGUGCGAAGUUUACCUGAUAUUGAUUCACUUAAAAUAAGCAAAGAUACAGUGCUUACAUUAUGGAUGUCUAAAUUUGAUGCAAUUUAUCGUGGUCAAGAUCAAGAUCAAGAUAAUUUAAAUAGUCGCGUGUCAAAAUCAAAUUAUAUGUCGACAUCAGCUGAGUUAAUUAUGACCAAAGAACAAUUAUAUGAUAUGUUUCAAAAUAUAUUAUCGAUUAAAAAAUUUGAACAUCAAAUGAUUUUUAAUAGUGCUCAACUUGACAAUAAUGAUGAACAAGCUGCAACAAUUCGACGUGAACUUGAUGGUCGAAUGAAACAAGCUGAAUCGUUACAACGACAACGUGGUUUAAUGCCAAAAUUUGUGCAUAAAGAAAUGGAUUCAUUGUAUGUUGAUGAAUUGAAAAAAAAUGUUAAUGAUUUAAUGAUCAAUCUUGAAAGUUUACCUGUACGUGGUGGAUCAGAACAAAAAUUAUUAAGAUCAAAACGUGCUGCUAAUCAUAAUCGCCAUACAAGUACUGGUGGAAAUUCAUCUGGUUUAUAUUCAUCAAAUAAAUCUUUAUAUAAUGAUACAAAUUUAGAAGAUAUUGAACCUGGUUUAUCAAAAUUAGCAUUUGUUUUGAAUUUUAAUGUUAACAUAACGUGUAAAGAAGUUCGAGGUUUAAAAUCGAUUCCAACAAAUCGUAUUGUUUAUUGUACGAUGGAAGUUGAAAGUGGUGAAAAAUAUCGAACUGAACAUGCUGAAGCUGGAAAGCCAGUAUGGGAAUCUUUGGCGGAAUUUCCCACAAAUCAAAUUUUACCAAUUAUUAAGGUUAAACUUUUUAUGGAAAAUCCAGGAAUACUUAGUUUAGAUGAUAAUAAACUUGGAAAAUUAUCCUUACAGAUAGAUCCAACAUUUAAUAAAACUAAUUGGUGGGUUGACAUGAUUAAAACGAAAAAUACAUCAACAGAUGAAUUGAAAGUUAAAUUAGAUGUAAGAAUGGAAAAACCACAAAAUCUUAAAAUGUGUGGAUGGUGCUAUGCUCGUGGUAAAAAUGUCUGGAAAACAUGGAAACGAAGAUAUUAUGCACUUGUUCAGGUCUCUCAAUAUUGUUUUGCUACGUGUAGUUAUCGAGAAAAGAAAUCAGAACCAACUGAAAUGAUGCCACUUGAAGGAUAUACAGUCGAUUAUGCUGAACCAGAUAAUGGUUUAAUUAUGCAUGAUGCAAAAUAUUUUUUCAAAGCUGUUCGCGAAGGUGAUGUUGUUACAUUUGCAACAAACGAAGAAAAUGAAAGACAUAGUUGGGUACAAGCUUUAUAUAGAGCUACAGGUCAAGCACAUAAACCAACACCACCAAUAACGGCAACAACAAAGUCUUCUCAAGGAACUACAACAUCAGGACAAAAAGAUCAAAUAGAUGGAGAUCGAUCGAAGAUACUUGGAUUUGAUGAAUAUAUCCAAAGUGAUCCAUGCAAAUUUGAUCAUCAUGAUUUAUUUAAAGCGCUACAAGCAGCAACAUUAGAUUUUCGACUUGGUGAUCCAUAUUGUUCUUUGGCAAAAUAUUGUUCUCGAUAUGGUGUUCGUGGUUGUUUAAGACAUCUUUAUUAUUUAAAUGAUUUACUUGAUCGAGCUGAACAAACAUUUAUGAUUGAUCCUCAAUUACUUCAUUAUAGUUAUGUAUUUUGUGCUUCACAUGUCUCAGGAAAUCGGCCCGAUAGUAGUGUAUCAACAAUUACAAUGGAAGAAAAAGAUCGUUUUUAUGAAAUAAAACAACGAUUAAAAACUUUUCUUGAACAUCAAGUCACAAAUUUCAGAUUUGCAUUUCCAUUUGGUCGACCUGAUGGUGCAUUAAAAGCAACACUAAGUUUACUUGAACGUGUUCUUGCUAAAGAUUUAUCUACACCAAUAUCUCGUGAUGAUAUUAGGUAUUUUAUUCGGAAAUGUCUUGAAAAUGCUGCUUAUACUAAUUAUACACGUGUAUCUGAUCAAGCAAAGAUUGAAGGAGAACGAGAGAUUCCUCAACAAACUGAUAAUGAAAUCGUUUAUAAUAAUGAUGAUUCGCCAAGAAAGAAAAUCGAUGAUCUAAUACAUUUAGCUGAAUUAUGUAUCGAAUUAUUACAACAAGAUUGUGAACAUUAUCAAGAGGCAUUUAAACAAUACAAUGAUUUACUAAUUGAACAUGAAGAAAUUUUUUGGUCCUUAUUUGCUGUUGAUAUGGAACAUGUUAUAGAUCAACAACCGAUUGAAAGUUGGGAUUCGUUUCCAUUGUUUCAAUUGUUAAAUGAUUAUCUUCGUCUACAUGAUACAUUAUCAAAUGGUCGAUUUCAUCAACAGUUACGUGAUACAUUUGCUCCAUUAGUUAUUCGAUAUGUUGAUCUAAUGGAAUCAUGUAUAGCACAAUCGAUUCAUAAAGGUUUUGAAAAGGAAAAUUGGAAAUCAAAAACUCGAGGAUGUGCAACUAGUGAAGAUAUGCUAUGGAAAUUGGAUGCUUUACAAUGUUUCAUACGUGAUUUACAUUGGCCGGAUGCGAUGUUUGGUGAACACUUAGAAAAAAGACUUAAACAAAUGGCAUCAGAUAUGAUUGAAGCUUGUGGCAAAAGAGUAUGGCGUCAUUUUGAAAUAUGGAUUAAAAAAGGUGGUUUAAUUGGUGGUACGAGUUCCGAUUAUUUAUUACCAUCUGAGUGUUGUGUUAUGGUUAAUGUUAUACUUGAUUGCAAAGUUCAAGCUUUAAAAUUAUGUGCUUUGCAUAGUGGCGAUCUUCAUCAAUAUCACACACGUAUUGAUGAAUAUUUGGAAAGAAUCUUAGGUGAUAUGUCAAAAUCGUUGAUUCAAAAAUUAGUUAGUGUACUUGAUUCUGUAUUAAAAAAAUUAUCACGUUAUGAUGAAGGAUCAUUUUUUGCUCAAAUACUUUCGUUAACAAAACCAAUUAAUGAAGAUGGACAAGCCUAUGUAUCAUGUGUUAAUGCUAAUUUAGAACAAUUACGUCAAAGAAUAAGUGAUGAAAUAUUUACAUUAAAUAUUUUUGAAGAAUGGUAUCGACAGCAAACUCAUUUUAUUUUUAUGUGGUUGGGUGAACGAACUGAAAUAAGUCUUCAUCCAUAUCAAUUAGCUUGUCUACUGUUAAUUCUUAAAAAAACUCAUGGAAGCUUUGAAUUACAAGGUGUUCAGGAUAAAGAUCUGAAUUCACAGCCACAUUCAAGUAUCAUGCAAAGAUUACACUUUGAAGAAACAGCAAAUGCCGUCAAAUAA